AUGGCGGAAGAAAACAUGCCCAACGAGCCUCCGCGAAUCUCUAGGCGAGCGCUCCUCAUUGCAAGUCCAUAUGGUACAUUACAAGGGCCAGAGGUGGACGUUGAGUCAGUCAACAAUCUGUUGAAGGCGCACAAGUUCGAGACAUUAUUGUGUGCUGGCUUGCAUGCGCGACGGGAGAAUAUAUUGAGCCAAUGGAACUCAUUCAUUUCGCAAGUUCAGAAAGACGACACCGUUCUCAUUUACUAUUCUGGGCACGGUGGCUUGAUUGAACCCUCUAAGGAUCAAACUAACGAGCGACUUUACCAGUUCAUUGUGCCUAUGGACUAUGAAUCUGGUCAGGAGACUUUCAACGGCAUUCUCGACAUCGAAAUCUCAAUUCUUCUCCAUCGUAUCACCGCAAAGACUGCGAAUGUCACCACCAUUUUUGAUUGCUGCCACUCAGGUAGAAUUGCUCGCAGCACCCACUUUGGUGGAAAGGCAAUUGCCAAAAAUAUACCCAAAGUUGCGCACACAAAGAUACAUGCUCACUUGAAAAGAUUGUCGGAAAUUGGAGAUCUAGAUCAGUCUGCCAUCACCAGCGUCGAAGCCAACCCAAAUGUCGUGAGAAUUGUGGCUUGUACGGACCGUGAAACGGCAUGGGAAUACCAAAAUGAAGAUUUCGAGAGCCGAGGCGUGGUGACUGAGCAGCUGGUAUCCGUGCUGCAAAAGACCCUCGAAGCAAACCACAAAAUAUCCUGGCGAAGUGUGAUGAUGAGUGUUUCGGAACAGGUGGCCAUCCGAUUCCCAGACCAGCAUCCUCAUGUCGAGGGUCCUGAUCACCGGACGCUCUUCUGCCUGGAGACAAUUGAUUUUGACGGGAUAUCAGUCAUGGCCCAGGAAGAUGGAACUGUCAUUCUUGUUGCUGGAUCUGUAGCUGGAGUGCGGCAGAACAAUGAGUAUAUGAUCCUGCCUCCGUCCUCACAUGAAGCAAUGGAAAGUCAGAAGCUUGGCCAUGCCAAUGUAUCUGCAGUCUCAAGUUUUAGCGCGACUCUCGACAUGGAGCCGUCACGCUUACCUGGUGGGAUGGGAGUUGCAUUCCUGGUCACUGAAACGCCCCGCCGCGAUUUGGUCAUAUUGUCACCAAACCUCCAGGAGUACGUGAGCUUGGCAAAUAAACGGCAGCUGAUCGAAUUGAUCCCUCAUGAGAAAGAAGAACCGGCAUUUGCUUAUAUUGAGAAGCAAGGGGACGUUACCUGCUUACUGAACAAUUCCAGAAAAGUUUGCGCAUGUUUCAAAAUCGAAGACAAUGCUGGUGGUAUGCAAGCUACCGUCAAAGAUGCAAUCCAGCAAGCUGAGUGGCUGUCACGAGCAAAGCGUGUUCUGAGCCUGCAACCCCUCGCGGCAGAGAAAUUACGUCAUGGGUUCCGCUACAAGUUCAAGACUGUGCCAAGCCGUACAGAGAUCCAAUCCGAUGGUACAGGCAACCUCCGCAACGGCGAUCGCUUGGUGAUUGAAUUGCAUAAUGAAGGUGAUAAGCCGAUCUUUGUCUCGGUAUUCAAUAUCAAUGCUGCUGGCAACAUAUCAUUGGUGUCUAGUGCCAGUCCGAGAGGAACCCAUCUCCAAGCAGGAGACACUUAUGUGCUUGGAAGGAAUUCAUACACGUUGAAAGAGAACGGUCUCGCGAUGUCUUGGCCUAGGUUCCUGCUUACUUUGACACGGGAGGCCAUUCCUGAACACUUUGUCUUCUUUGUUUCCAAUCAGGAAGUCGACCUCCGAGCACUAGAGACAAAUAGACGUCGUACUAUUCGUCGAGGUGUUGAAAACCGCCUGGAGAGGAAGAUAUAUGACUUGUCUUACGGCGAGAGCCGCAACUGCAAGAGUGAAGAGGGGCCAAGCAUUCAGUGGGAGAGUAUUCACGUACCGUUUAUGUUACAUUACAAUACCUUGACAGAUGACGCCGCAGUGCUGCCGCAUGAUCCAUAUGGAUAG